AUGUCAACUCCAAGUUGUGUGUGCUUGAGUGUCCGUGCCCUCUAUGGAAACUUUGGCAGGUAUCUAGCUGGUGGCCCUGAAGACUGCUUGAAGCAUGUCGUCUUGGUUUCCUUGCUCCGUCAUUUCGCGGAUGAUUGUCGUCCAUUCACCUUCAUCGAUGCCCAUGCUGGUGGUGGCCUGUACAACCUUGAAUGCGAUGAAUCACAAGUGUUUCGCAACCACGAGGGUGGUAUCGCACAGGUGAUUGAUGGGGUUCGCGACAAAGCGAUUUCUGGCACAGUAUAUCGACUGAUGUAUGCUGCCAUGGCGAGAUUGAAUAUAGUACUUGGGAGCCAUGGCUUCCAGCACUACCUUGGUUCUACUGCGUGGGCUUUGCAAUGGCUACGCUGCCAGGAUCAGGCUAUGCUGUUCGAGCUGUCGGCAGGAGCUGCUGCGGACUUGCGGCGCAGCCUUUCCACACUGACUGCAUCCGUAGCAGACAUCAAGCUUUUUCAAGCAAAUUCCUACGAAGAGCUUGUGAGAAAUCCACCUGUGUGCCAUCAACGACAGCUUAUUCUCCUGGAUCCACCGUACGACUCUGCGAGGACUUAUUUCACGUGGAACAUUUACAUCUUGUGGCGUUUGUACAACGAUCGGCCGAAGGCGACCCUGGCGCUUUGGUUUCCGCACUACAGCGAAGAGCAGACGGAAGUUCUGCUGCAUCGCGUGCAGCAGCUGGACCUCGGCCAGGUACUUGUGGCCAUGAUGACUUUGAGCAGACGCUCACGACAGCUACUUGGUUCCGGGCUUUUGGUUCUCCGGCCGCCCGACGACCUGCAGGACUCUGCUCCCACGGGGAAGGCACUAGAUGAAGCAUGUAAUUGCAGCACGCCAUGCAGCAACGGAAGGCAAGGGGACCCACAAAACUGCACUUGCCGGAAUUGA